UUGGUCGUUACGGUCAGAAGAAGUAUCUCCACAAUGGAUUCCAUUGAAAUUCAGCCUCGUAACUCCACUGAAAGAAAAUUUUUAAAAACUUUCGAAUCUAUCUUGAACACCAUCAAUCAUAACUUGAUCGGUUUAAUCACCGUUUACAUGUCCUGGCGUAUUUUCCAUGGAAAUUUAACAGUCAUUCCUCUUCACGCUUGGUUGUGCAUUUGCGGAUUUCAAUUGCUAAUGGCGGAAGGCAUAUUGAUUUUGAAUCCUGAAAAUGCCUGGUCGAGAUACAUUCCAUUUAAACUCAAGCGUAUUUUUCAUUGGAUACUCCAAGUUAUCGGAGCUAUUUUAGGAGUCUCUGGAGCUUUCCUGAUAAUUUCUAGGAUUAACCGGAAGCAUUUCGUAACUACGCAUGGAGUUUUAGGUUAUUUAAAUGCUUUAAUGAAAGCCAAUUGUAGUUUAUCUGCAUCUUUUACCUGUUUUAGGCAUCAUCGCGACAGUGACGACACUACUGAACUUAAUGGUGGGCCUUUGCAACUAUUCCUCUCCGAGACUGGAAAGGAUCAUAGGAUUAAAUACCGUCAAAACGUUACACACAAUCUUUGGAAUAUCCGGAUUUGUGUCUGCUCUCAUGGCGUUAUUUUAUGGGUAUCCGUACUAUAUAUCUGGAGAGGUGUUGACCCUAUUUGA